UGGCAACAGUGCUGUACACCUUAAGGUUAUGUUUUGCUGAAAAUCCGAAACGUUUGCCUCCCCACGUGUUUUUUUAAUCUGUAUCACGUCUAUUUUCAGUUAAAGUUCCAUUGCAGUUCUCUUUUAACUUAUGUGAAAAAUGAGUAUCAUUGAAGCUGUGGUAUCUAGUGAUGGGAAAGGCGGAGCUGUUGUCUGGGAGCCACAAGGUGGAACUGUUUUGAUGUCCUACAAAGGGGCUGCACCUUGUAAUCCACACGCUCUCAGUUUCCUAGGUCAAGAUUACCUCCUAGCAGUAGAAAAAGGAAAACCGCUUAUUACUGUAUGGCGGAUCAACAGUCAAGAGAAAGAAACAAGCAUUCGCCUUCUGUGCCCUGGACGCAUCACUUCUAUGCAAGCAAGUCCAGAUGCGCUCUAUAUUGCUGUUGGUAUUGAGGAUAAACUACAUAUUUAUCAAGUGGCCUCAGGGUGUUUGUUAGCAGUUGCCUCCAGUCAUUUCCAGCCAAUUACUGUGAUUCGAUGGUCCAAGGAUAGCUCCUUCAUUGCAACAGGUGGUGAGGAUGGGAUGGUGUGUUUUUGGCCCUUGUCUCAUUUGGUAGCUCAAAAUUCCCUGACAGUGGGAUCGACAUCAUCAAAUCAGAUGUUUGCUGGACAGUCAGAUCCUAAAUACAAUUGGUCAGACCACAGUUUGCCUGUCUCUGAUAUAUUUAUUACAUAUGGCAGCUCCAGAGCAAGAUUAAUAUCAGUCUCAGCUGAUCGCUUUUGUAAGGUGUAUGAUCUUGCAAAUGGAACUCAACUCGUUUCCAUUAAUUUUGAUUCACGUUUGACAGCUGUCACACUUGAUCCUAUUGAAGCUACAAUUUUUGUCGGUACGAGUUCCGGGACGAUACACUCCUUUUCCAUAAGAGAACCGCCAAGGACUAAAGACUACCUUGUUGGAGAAAAAGACCCUAAUAUAGGCACUCUAAUUGGUCACACCAAGGCAAUCACUGGUUUAUCUAUGUCAAUUGAUGGAUCAAAAUUAGUGUCAGGCUCUAAUGAUGAGAUGGUUAAGCUCUGGCAUGUAAGAAGUGGCCAAUGUUUACGAACCCUGUACCAGAAGGGUCCAGUUACAAAUAUUCUUUUUACUAUGGUACCAAAGUCUAUGAAUUCACCCACUUUUCAUCCACUCAUCAUCUUACGGCCAUUUGGAAAAAGCUCUGAUAUGGAUAGUGGGUCUAAUCAAGUUUGUAUCGAAGUCCUGAUGAAAGAUGAUCUAGUUACUCCUGAAACCUAUGUAACUAAAAGUACUUUAGAUUUUUCCAAUGAGGAAUGUUCAGAAUUACAAAAAGAAUUGAGGAGAGUAAAAAAGAUAAAUUCUCAGCUAUUCCAGUUUGCCAUGAAAAAAAUUUUGCAUCAAAAUAAUGAGAAAGAAGAUAGCCCCCAGGAGAUCAAAGAAACUCAGUCUCUAACUAAUGGUAAUAUUUCAGAAGUGGUCGAAAAGAGUGAAAAAAGAAAUAAAAAAAGAAAACAUUGAAGACUUCUUCAAGAAUUUUAUCAUAAAGGAGAGUCUAUCAAAGAUAUUUUUAGAUAAAAAAUAAAUGUCCGUCAAAUGGGUGGUCAAACUAAAGGCUGUGAUUUUCCUCUUUUUUAUCCUCCAGCCACCCUUUUAUUAUGUCUUUUAAAGCAAAAAAAUUUCCUCGCAACUUCAACAAUAUUGUACUAUUUCUGGCUGAAACCUGGAGUCAAGUCCCACAUAGUUAAUGCUGAAAAUUAUGAACACAAAGAUGAUAAUUUGUAAGUUUUCAGUAAUCCUUGUCCAGUGAAAAACCUUUCAAAUGAAAGGUUUUAUGAUUUAUUAAUGUCUCGAGUACCAAAUAUCUUAAAGAUUUGUGAUGCAUUUUAGGAAAAGGGAACUUCAGCUGAAAUGUCAAAUUUUGUCACUUUACCUGUUGUCAUUAACAUUAACCUUCAUCUUCAUCUUUGUUUUUAAUCAAGUUGUUUUGUUUGUUCCUUAAUAUAUAAUAAAAAUCAAUGCAAUUCCAUCAAU